AUGGAGGGAAUAGGGCCUUGGUGGCUUGUGCCUUCCUCCCCCAAACAUCACCAAAUGCUCCCGGCGCUUACUUCCAACACAUCCAUGGAGUUCUGCAACAACAGAAGGGAAAACAAGGCUUCACAGUCCUCAUCCUUCACUGAGAGGAAUAACAGCACAUCUACACAGUGGCGUUUACCUAUUCGCUCGCGCCGCGGCUGCCAUGCAACCUAUGUGGGCGCCCGGUUGGCACAGCCCACGUUCACCGGAGCGAUGCCGAAGAGGAAACCCCCGGUCCCUCUCCGGGCGAUAGAGGCGCGCUCCGGCCGGCUCCGGGCGGGCAGCUCUCCCUCCUCAGCGGCGGCGGCGGCGGGAAUGCUCCGCUCUGCGGCCAGCGGCGGGCAGCGUCCAUUGCAGCUCGGCGGGUCCGAGUCCGGAGUCCGAGGGCUCCGGCAGCCAGCGGGGGCACCCGGCCCCCACUCCCCUAAACACCGCUGGCCAGGUGCGUUUAUUUCUCAUCCCGUCCGCUUCCCACAAAUCCACCGUCUGCGGCCGCCGAGCCCCGGCAGCGGCCCGGCCAGCCCACGAGGCACCACCGAUCGCGCUCCCCUCUCUCUCUCUCUCUCUCUCUUUUCCAGCUCUUCCCGAGGAGGAAGGAGCACGGCGGGGCCGCUCGUCCCGUAUUUCACCGCCCCGGAGACGCCGCCACCGGAGCGAUUAAAACAAAGCGGAGAACCGCCACUUUCCACACUCUUCGCGCACCGAGUAACGCGGCUGGCUACGGGAGCUCGCCUAGCAGGGACGAAAAACAAGGGGGGGGUAAAGGAGGAGAGCCCACCCUCCACCCCAGCAGCCCCCCGGCUGAUGCCCGCGCCCGGCGCACCCAGCGCUGCCCGGCGCACCUGACAGCCCGCCGCGCCGCGCUGUAUUUCCCUCCCUUAGCGACAGGGGAGGGGCGCGCCGGCCGCGGCGCCGCCAUUGGCGGAGGGGAGCGGCGCGGCGCCGCCAUUGGCUGCGGCGGCGGCCAAUGGUGCGCGCUGUAUCCGGGAAGCAGGAGGCUGCGGAGCUAUUUAAAUCCUGCCCGGUGAUGUCAGCGCGGGCUCGCGGGGGGGUUCGGGCGGCGGGGCGGGCGCGCCUGUCAGCCCGCGUUAGGCACAGCGCAGGGCCGGGAGCGGGAGUGGCCCGGCACCUGCCGAGCCGUCCCUGCCUUAUGGGACCCCGCAGCGCCCUCCUCCCCUUCCCCGCGAACUUGUCCCGGUGGCGGUCCUGGAAGAUGCGGGUUAAUUUCGGGGUGUUGGCGAGGGGCGCGCUGGGAGCGCCUGCCAGUUGUGCGAGCGGAGCGCUGAGCCUGCUCUCGCAGAGAAGGCGAAAGGGCAGCUCUCUGCGUUAAAAACACUUCUGCGGCUGUCCAGGGGGAGAGAUACCUUCACUGUUCUUUAUUUGCACUCAGUGCCUUCCCAUAGGCUCGGUGACGUUGCCCCUCAAUUCAGGGAGGGCACUGAGUUGCUGGAACGAGUCCAGAGAAGGGCAAUGGAGCUGGUGAAGAGUCUGGAACGCCGGUCUUAUGAGGAGCAGCUAAGGGAGCUGGGGAUGUUCAGCCUGGAGAAGAGAAGGCUCAGGGGUGACCUUAUCAGUCUCUACAACACCCUGAAAGGAGGUUGUAGCCAGGCGGGGGUCGGUCUCUUCUCCCGGGCAACUAGUGACAGGACAAGAGUACAGUCUUAAGCUGCAGCAGGGGAGGUUCAGGUUGGACAACAGGAGGAACUUCUUCACAUAAAGGGUGAUUAGACAUUGGAAUGGACUACCCAGGGAGGUGGUGAAGUCACCGUCCCUGGUGGAAAGGCUGAACGUGGCACUUAGUGCCACGGUCUAGUUGCCAGGGUGGUGAUAGGUCAUAAGUUGGACUCAAGGACCUCAGAGGUCUUUUCCAACCUAAUUGCUUCUGUGAAUUUCAUACUUUGAAGGCACACGACUUGCCUCUUGGUGUCCCAGGGUUGCCUGAGGUUGCCUCAGGGUUUGAUCCUGAAGGACUGCCACAGGUGGGAAUUCCCAAAGUGGUUUAAAGGUGCAUGUUUGGGCCAUGAAGCAGACCAACAGUAGCUAUAGCCACCUGGCUGAUUUUCCUCUUCCAUUUCUGAUUCUGGUCAUGGCAGGUCCUGUUCUGUGGGUCUCAGGGAAGGCUUUUAGAUACUAAAACCUGAUAGAUGCUACUCAUCACAAAUGUUCUGUUUUCUAUUGUCUUCCCAGCACAGCAAUCACAGAUGGAGCUGAAAUGGUGCUAGGUUACAACAGAAGAAGAAGCAGCCAAGAUCAAAAUGCUCUGGUUUGUCUUGGCAGAAAACGUAAAUUGUGCUGCACUUCAAUAUGCUGUAGACCUGUCUGGAGCUCAUCUGGUAGCCUGAUAACGGCUGAAAAGUGGGAUUAAACUUGAGUUGUUUGACCUGAGGCACGAAAUCAUCCUGCCUGCAGUCUAACACCCAGUACCCUGAUGGUUGCACAGUUCUUUCCCUAUCAUGUGACCCAAACUGAUCCAUCACGUGACCAAAAUGCAGGCAUCUUCCUUUACACAAAGGUAUGUCACUCCUGAUGGGAAGACCCAUAAACAUCAGGUAAGAGACUGCAAGAUUUUCUCAGUUCUCUGCAGAUGGAUGUGUGCCGUGACGAUAGAUUUUUUUUUUUUUUUGCCUAUAUAACUACAUGCAUUUUGGUUGUCUUAAGAUGUGUGUUCAGCUCUGUGGCUGCAGAAGGGCAUAUGGUGUGGUGACAUGUGGAAGUGAUUCCCUAAAAGCAAUUCUGUGAUGUGGUAAGCUGAAUACACAGGAGGUCACUGAGCGGAACAUUGUUGGUGCCAGAGAAGAUUUAUGAUGAGGAAAUUGGGACAGGAAGCCAGGAGCAAAAAGGCUUCUGACAUCUAGAGGACUGAAGAUCUCAACAGCUUCCCAAACAGGAAAGUGGGAGCACACAGCCUAUGUUGUUUCAUGAUGAAGCUUCAUAAAUUCAGAGUCCUGGUUGGUAUGAGAAGCCAGGUUUGACCCAGGACUUGACAAUUAAAGCUGGAGGAGGGAGGGAGGUGGUAUCCCCAAAGAAGGAUGAAAAGCCCUUACUGUUAAAUGUGAAGAAGCUGUCAUUGAAACCAUGUUUCUUUGCUGUGGCAGGAUAUGGCAACAGAGGUAGGGGAAAGCAGGGGAAGGCUCAUCAAGUAGGUGGCUCCUGUGAGGGUAAGGGAUGGCAUGUUAUAACUUGGGGUCCUCAAGAUGAAUCUGAUUUUCUUUUAAGGAUGUUCUUCCACUGAGAGUCAGAUGGAAGAAUGCGAGAACCCCUCUCAGGAACUGACUUUAUGUGCCUUUUCAGUCCCCUUUGCAUUUCCUUGUUUUCCCUGUUUGGGAAGCUGCUUGGAAUAAAGAUUAACUCACUACACUCAGUGUGUUGUUUAUGUAUUGUAUUUGUCUGUCAGUGCCAUAAUCCAGAUUUUCUGUGAGUUACCAGCAAGGCUCAGGAAUAAUAUUUUUUGUUGUUUUAAUUGAACUUUUUCCCCAUGGUCCCUGGCUCCGUUACUUCCAGGGUGUGAUGCUGUAAAACGUUGAUGCUAAAAAAAUAACUCAGAAGCAGUUAAUUGAGGGAGAUAAGGAAAGGGUUUAAUUGUGCCAAGGCAAUAGAUGUUACAAGGCACGCGCAGGCUGUGCCUGAGAUGUUACAUUUUAUAAUACUAUCUGUCCAAUUCCAAGUGUGUCCACCUCGUAGCCUUUGCUCUGGUCCACCUCGGGUCCACCCCCUGAGAAUUGGGUCUGGGGGCCUUUGGGACCACCUACUUCAUCAUUCUUAUCAUCCUCAGAGCACAAAGGGUACAUAGUCACCUAGUCCUUGACUCUGUUCUGUUGUUCAGGCCUAGAUAUGAGUGUUCUCUAAACAGUAUAGGCCUUGCCUUGACAAGAGACUAAACAUUUCUACUGGAUUCGGGGGUAGGAUUGGUAUAGGGUGCAUGGAAUGGGGUAAGAGGGUUAAGGAAUGUGCAAACUACUUGUACUACAGGGUAAAGGAAUGAGGGCUGCUGCUUUUAAAAUCUACUUCCACUACUUAGAAAACUUAUAAAGCUUACAAAAUUUAGAAAAAUAAAAAACUAAUAGGGGUUUAAGGCAUCAGUGACUUGGGGAAGUUUUGCCUUCUCUAAAAUAUCAGAUCAGCAUUAGUGAGAGAUGAAAAGUUGGGCAGAGGUGUUCAUGGUGGUCCUGCUCCUGACUCAUGUAUCUUGCUCAAAUGUUUGGAACUAAUGAUUGUAUUUGACUUCAGAAGAAUUUUUUCCCUAAUGUGGGCUGUUGCAUUUGGAGGGAAAAAAGGGAAGGGGGAGUCAUUCACCCCACUUGACAAGAUGGAACAUGGUUCACUUUGUAAAAUGAAUUUGAGUGUUUGGGAGGCAGGAACUGCUGGGCUAGAUGAAGCCCUUGCCUUGGAGCAGUAUAAACUUUGUUUGUUGGAAGGGGAGGGGGUGUUCAUAUAUGUAAGUGGAAGAUGAAUGGAUCUUUUUGGACUUCACAGUUAUGGCAUAAACUCACUGGAACAGAAAGGAGUGUGAAGAGUUCAUAUGGUCCAUCCCACAAUUUCAUUACCAUAAAGCAGGAUCCAAUCUCCCCAUCUCUUUCCUGGUAAAUAUCCAAAUUAUACGAAUAAGGGAUGAAAUUUUAUAACCUCCCCAGGCAUCCCUUUGAGUGCUCUGCUUUCCUUAGGUUAGGACAGUCUUCUACUGCCUCCAAUUAGAAACUCCUUAUGUGCAGUUUAACUCCAUUACUUCUUGCCCUACCCAUUUAGAGAACAGGUUGUUCCCUUCCUUUUCACCACAGAAUUUAUGCUUUUGAAGACUAUCGACAUGUGUACCUCCAGUCUUCUUUUUUUUAUUUUUAUUUUUUAUUUAAGGUUAACCAAACUUGUGAUCUGUUCAAUUUUUGAUCAUCAGUAGUUUUUUCUAAUUCUCUUCAUAUGACCCUGGGAGACAGCAGUUCCUGACCCCUCCUCACUUUGUCCUACACAUCUGUUUAAGAAAGGUCUGGAGAAAGGCUAGUAGUUAUGCCAACAUUUCCUCAAAGUCUUAUUUUUUUUUCUUGUAAACAACUGUGCUGAAAGAACAAAAUUAAUGGCAGGUGAAAUUUGCAGCCCUGGGAAAUGAGCAUACACUGCAGAGGAAGAUGGAUGGAUGGUGCUGAAGUGGUGACGUCAGCUCUAAAGAGAAAGAUAGGGUCAGCUGGGUGCAGCUCCAUUGAAUCAGAAAAAAAAGAACAAACCCCAAAUAUUAGGAUGUUUAAGGAAAGAGGAUGUUGGAUGAUGAGCAAUAAAAUAUUACUGUAAAUGAUACUCACUGGAAAUCAUGGUGUGUUGCAGCAGCUCAGCUUCAUAGUUUUACAGGGUCUACAAAGAUUGCAGUUAAAGCUGGAUAAACUGAGGUGCAGAAAAACUAGGAGGCAUGUGAAUAACUGAAGCUCAGACAAGGCAGAACUCUUCUGGAAAUCUCCUCCUAGUCUCAACUCUGCUUCAUUCUGGCCAAUCUUUAAAAAUCGUUCCUGCUUCAUACUAGUGAUAUGUAAUACUGUCAUUUUGCAGAAGGGUCUAUAACACUGUCGAAUUCAGCUGAAUUCAGGCUACAAGAGGGGGUUACUGUAGUCCUCUGAUUUAAAAUAUCACUGAUAAAAAUAUUCUUUUAAAUGUUCUGGUCAGGACUAGUGAAGCUUUUCAAUUUUUAAAUGUGUUUUAUGUGGAAAAUCCCUCUGUUAAAUAAUUAGCAAACGCUUUGAGCAUUACUGCAUAUUUUAUAUUUCAUCUUCCUGGAAGAAAUGGACGGUUCUGUUGCUAUAGAUUAACUGCAAUUUAUUUUGUAAUACUCUGACUGCUGGAAGAGAGAGACUUAUUAGUUUACUUCUUUUACUUCUGAUUAUUCAAGGAAUGGGGUUGGACAGAAGGGUUUAACCAUAACUUUUCUUCUAUUCCCAGUCCCAGCAGACAUUUGAGUUCACAAAGAAAGAAAUCUGUACAAGCUGAAAAUGUGAAAACCAGAGACUGAGGGGUUCAACAGUAUGAAGGAUUGCAGGGCUGGAUCUUAUUUUCUUGGCAGGCACUGGCUACUAUGGUUUAUUUUACCUUUGACAUAGCCUUAUUCCACAUUUCAGUGUAUUUUUUUCUUAGGCAGAAAAAAAAUAAAUCAUUUUUGCAGCUGCUGUUGUGUGAAUUAGUCUUAGAUACCAAUGGACACUAAUUGUGUUUAAAUUAAGAAUUUGUCACAAGAAGCUGUUCAGAUUUAACCUUUUCUUCGCUGAAAUGGAGUUACAAAUUAUUUUUUUCAUGGAAUGAAGGAUAAGAUCACCUUUUAAUUUGUUUUGAUGAUCAGAUCUUUGUUUUUUAUGCUCUUUGAACAGUAGGUUGUGUCUGAAGUGUGGCCUUGGGUCUACUGUGAGUAUUUUUGUACAUCUCAGGGUUUUUAGGCUAUACCAGUAGGCCUCAGAAAGCAACGCAGCAUGGUAGCUGUCACAUCUCUUUUCCUAGAAAGUUGUUUUGUCCUGUUUUCAAGACAAACUUUGAAUUCUGAGAUGGUUUUGUAUCCUUAGCACUUCAAUUGGCAGCACAAUUUGUGAAGGAAAAAAAUGCUUCAGUAUUCAUGUGUUGGACCUAAUAGCCCUCCUGGCAGUCAGUGGGAGGCUUUAGUAUGCUAAAAGAUGCAGUCUUAGGCUGCAGCAGUCUUUCAGCCUGAAGAAAUUUCCCUACAUUACAGAAUACAGGCAAAUGUUGAUUCACCAAAUGUGCCUACAACACAUAAAAGUUCUCAAAGAGCACAAGCUAACUUCUGAGUUUUCUCCUCUGGUGUAGCACCAGUAGUUCAGAUGUCUAAGCAGUCACCUUAAUUUCGCAGCCCUGCUUAGGUGGCCAACCCAGUUUGUUUUCUAAGCUAUUUUAUACAGAAAGCCAUUACCUGCACAUACUGUCUCUGAAUGCACUGGGGCUCAGGUGUAUAUUUUGCCCACAUCAGUUCCUUCCACAGUGUUGCCUGGUUAGCACUUGCAACAAGCAUCCUGUGCAGCCUUUAGAAAAGUCUCUUCCAGCUUGCUGGAGACAAACAUGGAGGAUGCUGAUGACAUCAGGGAGUAUAAAGAGGAUGGUUGCAGUGGUACUUGGUGGUCUGUUAAGGGUCAGAUCCCUAGUCAGGCCAACAAGGAUUGCAGGGAAAAAAUGAAAGGCUUGAGUAAAACUACUCCAUUCUGGCAAUCCAACAGGGGAAAUACGUGUUUCCUUGCAGCCCUGCUGUGGCUUGCAAAAACUCUUCCAUCUCCAAAACAGUGCUGAGACUGAUGCCAAUGAAAAUAACACGCAGAAACAUUUUUUAACAUUUGUGCCACUCAUUUGCAAUUCAAAUAUGGGGAACUCGUGUGUGCUGAAAUGAAGGGUGCAGAAUAGAACAGACCAAUCUGUUUAUGAAGACUGGAGGGUUUAUUUACCAUCACUGAGAUUUAGAGGUUUUUUUUUUUAUGUUAUUUAUUGGUAUUUCUAAAAUGCUGUUGAACUGUAGCUUUCCUGUUGUGAUGAAGCUGAAUGACUAGCAUCUUGAUACUUUUGUUAGUAGCUUGGGAGCACAUACCAAAAAGCAGAGGACACCAAAGAAGGCUGUAAGAAUGUGUUCAAAAUAGCAUAAGGAGGAAUUUUAUGCAGUAUUUCCUAUGUACAAUGUUCCUAAGGCAGUGUGAAAUUUUACUUUAUUCUUUCAUGAAACAUCUUUACAUAUAAGACAAAGUCUAUUUUUUAAAUAUUGGCUUGUUUGGGCAACUACUCUUAGGUUUGGGAUGAAGUAUAGUGUGAUGUGAUAUCAUGUAACUAUGUAAUAUUAAUCUCUGCGUAAUUGUCCAUAAAGGACAGGGAACUUAAGAGGAAUGUCCUUUUACAAAAAUCCUCGAUAAUGGAGGGGGAAGCUUGUCCACUGAAUUGCCCAGUUUGUGGAUUAUUUUUGUUUUUAAAAGUUAUCUGUCACUUUUCAGUGUUGCCUUUUUCUCCUCACAAUCCAGAAAAAAAGACUAUUCAAUAGCUAGCAUAAAAUUUAAGUCCAGAGGUGACUCUUACAGUAAAUACCAGCAUGACAUUUGAUAUAAAUUCUUGCCUAAAAUACCUGUGAUAAAGCUUAGAUCCUAUAAGUAUGUAUAUGUAUGUAUUGUCCUAGAGAACGAUCUAGGUGGGGGUUAAGCACCGUGCUCCAAAAAAGCAAAUCCACGUAAACCACUCUUCAUCAUCUGAGCAUAUGCAGACACCUACCAUUUUUGUGACACUGUUUUAAUCCUAUGUGGAGUGGCUUCAUGAGGACAGCUGCAUCUUUAGCAUACAUGAAAGCUUACUGAGCUCAGUACAGGGCUAUUUCCAGCUAAGAAUGCCAAACAGCAGAGACCGUUGUUGUCCACCUCUUUCCUAAUGGCCGGCUAAUUACAGGAUAGAGAAGGACUUACUGAGGAAAUCAGACAUUCAGCACCCUCAGACAACAAUUCUCACUUAUUAGAUGACAGAUCUCACUGGAUGAGAGUGGAAUCAUGACACAUCCUCUUCCAUGGUUUUCAGAGUUGAUUUAUACUCUCUGCCAUGCUUGCAUGGGUCUGUUUUACUUUCUAUAACCACUUAAAAUGCUAUGCUCCUCCGGUUUCUCUGGAAUUUGUGGUUUGUAGUAAGGAAAGGGAUAAUUUUAACACAAGAACUGAAAUCAUGCCUGACUCCUGAGUAGACAAAGAAAAAUAUCUCUAAUGCUAUUUCCUUAGGUCUUUAACUUCAAAGAUAAAAAAUGUACAUCUUUGCUCUGGUACACAUACUCUCUACCUCAGCUUCUCUUGCAUCCUUUGAAUAAUUAUUCUGUUAGGAGUUGUAAGUCACACAGUGCUUUUCAAUUCAUAAAAUUUAGCAUACAGGAGAAGUACAUAUCAAAUUUAAGGACCAAAAUGGAGUCAUCAACCACUCACGAGGCAACACUGGCAAGAAGGAGCACUCACAGCUUCUUGUCCUGAGCAAUACAGAACACCAAGCAGCUACUGGGUUAACUUGUCCUAACACAGAGCAGAAGCCCCUGGAGUGAAUCCAGCAUUGCUUAUCUAAGAGCUGUGUCCCUGUGUUUGAUUAGUGUCCUGUUUUGGUUUUGUUUUUCCAAGGGAAUCAUAACUCAUUUGCACAAUCCCUAGUCCAUAAUGAAUACACCUACUGGGAUUUAUAACAGAUAAAUUAAAGGAGAUGUGCUCAUGAGACAGCAAAGCACGCAGUAGUAGAAAGGGUAAGGAGUACCCUUUUCAUUCUGUUGGAUAAGAAUGGUCACUUAGAGCAGGAUCUAAUUUUAAUUUCUAAGUUAUCUAAAUACCCACAUCAAAAAAGGAAAACAAAGAGAAAACAGGUCAUUAUGGGCAGACUGGUAUCACAAGUGCUUUGGUAUCUUGCUUUUGUAUGUUGCAUUCAGUACCUGGUAGGUUACAUACAGCACCAAAGUAGACAGGAUUUAUAAAGAUGUCAUUAAAGAAUGUCAUUAAAGGCUGCAGGAGACAGUAAAAAAACCACCUGGUCCCACUUAAUAACUUUCCUGAAUCUUACAUGAUGUUUUUCAGUGUAAGCAAAACAAGGACUGUUAAUCAAGUGGCAAGUCAGCUGCUGCUCAGAAAAAGGGGUGCAACGCUGUAUGACAUCCUUAAAAAAUAAGAACCAAGAAGAAGUUGUGAUCUGCUGCGGAGAGCUGAGGGUGCGUGUUGGUCUUCAGAUUAAUUUAGGUAAAUUUAAUUUAUCAGUAAAUCAGCUAUGAUAGGAUGUUGGAGAGAGAUAAACAGGUUGUAAGUGUGGAUGGGAAAAAUAUAUACACAGCAAAACAAGCUGGUUGGGUAUGUGGAGAAGCGUGUUGCUGGAAAAUCCUGUGAGACACUUCAUACUAGCUGUAGUAUCAUGUAUAAACUUGUGUCACAUGCUGCUGAUCAGGCAGAAUUCAAAUGCUGAAGGGACUGAGCUGUGGCAGAGUGUCUGGCUUUGUGUGAUUGCCAAACAACCCAGUAUGGAGCACUUGGUAGCAUCUUACUAUCUAUCUUCUGCUUCUUAUGACUAUAUAGUGCUGUUUCCUGGCAAUUUUGAGUUUAUUUGAAGGGCUCUGGAGAAGGGAACCUGACUGGCAUACAGCACUGGAAUGGACACAGCAACUGCUGGACGAUGCAAGAGGAUUCAUAGGGGAGGAGAAGAGCAGAAAGCAACAGAGAGAAGCAGAAGUGAACAAGCACGGAGUGUAAAGAUGGAACAGAGGUGUACCAUUAGGGUAUAGUUUAAGAUGUUACCUAGGGAUGGAAGGACCUGUGGGAAGCUGAGGAGUGUAUCAGUGUUCUUUGCUUAGCAUGGCAGAUUUGUUUAUCUAAUUCUUUUAUCUGUGGUAUUUCUAGAAGUAAUGUGCAAGCUGUACUGCAAUGUAGAGACAAGCAAUAAAGGCAGUUCAGCUGCUAGGAUCUGUAGAUGCUGAUGCCUGAGGUCUCUCAUAGUCUGGUAUGUGGCCAGCAGGAGAGGAUGAAGCAUAGUAAAGGAGAGGAGAGGAGAGCAGUAGUACGCUUGGUUUACAGCUGUCAAACAAUAGUGUUUCUUGUUCGGGAAUGAGCUUGGGUUAAAGCUCUUCAGACCUAUUUGCCUAGGGCAAGGCUCCAGGCUGGAAUGCUGUUAGGAAUUUACAGCUUAAAGCUCCUUGGCAGCAGUUGCCAUUUUUCAGCUUUUGUGGCAGUGGAGCAGAUUCCUGGGAAUGGUAAGGGAAAUCUCAAAAGGUAUUUGUGAGACACCUGGGAGAUGCAUGUAGGGAUGGGGAGGGAGUCUGGGAGAAGUCAGCAGGGUGUCAUGGAUCUGUAGCAGACCUGGCAAGGUGGAGGAGGCUGUACUCAGUUUCUUUCCCUCCUCUCAACCCGUUCCCAUCUUUUCCUCCCCAGGGGUGGAUCCUCAUGUUCUUGGGAGUUUGCAACUUUUGUCCAAAGUCCGUGACUGUCUCCUUCCCACUUUAUAUCUGUCUUCCUCUAUCAAGUCAAUUUUACCUAGAAAAAACCCUCCUUGUGGCUUUGUUGUGGCCUCUAAUUAUUCUCUGCUGAAAAGAAAACAGUGUUGGUGUGUCUUCUGUUACAGAACAAAGAGGGGGCAGAAGGUGGGUGAGGACUAUUUAGGCCGAAACAGCAGUUUCUGUCUCCCAAGGCAAAGUCCCUUACAGUCUUCAGCUGCCUCUAGUGAGCUGAUGUCAUGUGUAGUCACACUGAUGUCAGAAGCUCGCAGUUCAAUGUUCAUUAUCUUCCUAUGUAGUUGUCAGAGAUGUAUCUUUUGUCGGGUAAAGCAAAAUCAGCAAGUGUUAUGAAGAAAACAUGAUUGGUAGAAGUAGCAGAACUAACCUAAUACAAGAAUACUUGCCCAUGUUAUACCCAUCAUCAAGCAACACUUUAGAAUAGACCACCAACCAGUAAAGAUCAGCCAAACUGAAUGGUGCUCUCUACCUCAUAAAACUCAUCUACCUCAAUUUGAAGGGCAGAAGCAGAGCCCUACCUUCAGAGACAUCUGAGACCAAGCUUGUGUAGCUGGAACCAGCACAAUUAAUGUUACUCCUGAUUACUGACAACCACUGGUCCUGUCAGCAAGGAAAGGGAAGUAGAGAUAGCCACUCUUCUGUAACUUUGUAGUGUCCUUUGCAUUAUUAAUCACCCUUUAACAGAGGUGAUGAAUAGCCACACUCCUUCCCACAUAUCCAAUUAUUGCAUAAUAAUUAAUGUUUGCAUUUAGCCCGUCCUGACCUAAACCACAAGAUGCUGAAGUCUCUCAUGUCAGUUCAAGACUGCCUUGUAGGUUUCUAAACUGGGACCAAUUAAUGGUAGGUAAUUCCUGCACGCUCUCUCCAAGCUCCUCUCCCAGUUUCUACUCCUCCCUUUUUAAGUCUGGUUCCUAGUGCAGUGCUGGUCAGGCAGGCGUGGCUAUUGAAUACAUCAGGAUCAUAGCUCAGUGGAAAGAGACCUGAUAGGCACACUAGCCUCUUUUGUCUCAACACCUUUAAGUGUAUAUAGAGGCUACAUUUAUGCAGCUUUGCAUCUAGUUUAGAUGAGCAACAUUUAGUUCCUAACUAAAUGUACAUGGAUGGAAUAAGACAUUUUUCUCUUCAUUCCAGAUCUGUUUUCUGUCCAAACUAAAAUCUUGGCCAGUUGACCUAUCCACCUCAUUGAUAAUUUCCUCUGUCUCCUAGCAUAAAUAAGCCACAGCUGUAUGUGUUUCUUGCAAGUUAUCCUGACUUAGAUGACUAAUCAGCUCUUCAUUCAUGUAUUACCUUUGGUCUUCUCAGGGUCCUAAUAUCCAUGCAGUGUAUAAAACUGGAUGGUUCUUCCCCUCAGUUAUCCCUAAAAUAGUUCAGUCUUCUUGAAAAAUUGAAACUUAUCUGGACUUGUCUCAUCCCAUAGCUUUAUUAAUGAAAGACUGGUUUCAGGUGUUGGAGAAGCUCUUUGUUCUCUCUCCUGGUUUUCGAGGAAGCUGGUUCCUAUCUUUGCUCAGAUAAUUCUUCCAUAAUACUUUGUCUAUCUGAGUUUCAACUCAUGCUUCAGAAUUCUUUCUUCCUCACUAGUCUUGAAGGUCUGAAUUGUCCUUUACUAACAUGCAAGGCAGGCCAUUUUAAAUGUUAUCCUUCUUUCAGUCACUCUCCAAAACUAUCUGUCAGGAUAGGCUUGUCAUGGCCGGAGUUUAGUUGCAGAGAUUCUGGGAUUUACACUCAUUAUAGUAGCCACACCUCUCUGCAUCUACCUCUCUUUUUCCUAAUAAUUAAAUUGCAAAAUCUCUGUGAUCAAGAACAUUGUCAUACUGCUUUGUAUUUAGAGUAAUUUCUAUUAUGAUUGGUUUAUCAUUCAUGACUGGAAUUCCUAUGUGUUACAGAAAUACAGAUUUUUUUUAUUUUAUUCAUGUAUUCAUUUAAAAAUACCAUGUGGUUUUAGGGAUUACUUUAGGAGAUUUUAGUGCAAUAUUCCUGAGAGGAAAUGUAAAAUGUCAGUGGUUCGGGAUUCUAUCCACAAAAUUGUUUCUCCAUUGCUCAAAUUGCCAUGGAAUUCUUCUUCUUGUUUGUAAAACCAAUAUUCUUCACUUUUAGUGUUUAUGUGGACCCACACUACAAGAUCAUAGACUGGAUCAACCUUCACUGCAAGAAUGCUGUGAUAUUAGGACAGAGCAGUUUCAAAACCUCAGCAACUGUGUAUUCUUUUAGAUACUUAAAGUAAUAGAUUUUCUAAGCUGUAUAAUCUCACCAGAUUCUUAAAGGACACCAUCUGUCUGUACCACUACAAAAGUCCAAGUUGGCCCUCCCCCUCCCAAAAAAUGCAAAAUGUUUUUGAAUCAUAACUGUUGAAUGUAUUUUCACAAUUUAAGAAAUUUAAUUAUGUAUUUGAAGAUGAAAGAGCAUUAACAAAACUGAAAAAGCAGAGUAUGGGAAUUUUCAUCCCUAGACCUGAUAGGAAUGUGGAAUUUGAGCAAUGUUUGUCCUUUAUUCCCUCAGCUCAGGAACACCAUUCUUCUUGCACUAGGGACAAAAACAUCUCUGGAUGUACCAUGGGAAUAACAAGGCAGGAUACAGAAAUUAAAUAUUUAUUUCUGACCAAGUCCCACUCCAUUUAGUGCUUUCCCAAAUUAAGAACAUUACUAGCAGUAGAUCUGAUGAGCUUUCUCAUGAACCUUCUUUCUACUGAACUAUGACUUUCUAGUAUCCUGCAAGCCCAAAGGACACAGCCCAACUGUAGGCAGCCAAGCUGCAUCAGGGCCUUAUACUGACAACCCUAAAAGAUGAGAAGAGCUCAGUGUGUAGAGGAAUCUGAGGCUCCAUUAAAACCUUAUUGCAUGUUACUGCACAUUUAAGAUGAUCUACAACACUCCAUCUGGCUGAGGUAUGCUACAGCCCACACAUAUAUGGGCUUGUUUUGCCAAUGAAAACCCCUUAUAUUCUUGCGUACUCCCAUUAUUGUCCAUCAAAGAAGUUUUGUUAGUAUACUCAAAAGUGUUCCCUCUCUGCAAGCAUCACUCACGCUUUUAUUUAUAUAAUUUAGAAGUAUAAAUGUUUGCAUAUGUGAUUUAAAGGAAAGGUAUAUAUAUAUAUACACCUAUAAGAAGAAGAAAUGAGAGAUGAACCAAUAUUUACAGAUAGUCCUAAUGCAGAACCCCUUUGUAGGCAGGUGGGAAGAGUAGUGUUUCUUUUCAUGACUGAAAUCACAGAAACAUUUACGAAGUAGAACAAAACUUUUGUUUGAAUGCCUAUUUUCUGUAUCCACACAACCCCUGAAAGCUCUGCUAAGGUGAAUUUCAGUUCUCAUUCUGGAUUUCAGGAAGAUGCUGAGAAAAAAAAGUCCCACUCAAAAUGUCUCAUCUGAUCUUGCUGGAACUGGUAGUUGAAUGGGCAGAGUUCCCACUUGUCUCAGCUCUUCAAUAAAUGUAUUUCUUUUGUACCCAUGAUGGCACAAGGAGCCAUUCUCUAUAAGUCAUGUUGCUGGUGAGAGAGGCUUCCCACACUCUCAGAGAUUGUAACUCCAUCUCCUUUCUCAACGGUAUCAUUAAAUCUUACACUGGUGUGGUUUUUUGUGGAAAUCCCUCAUGCACAUAAAUGAGUAAAAUGAUAAUGAUAGCAAACUGCCUCAGGCUCAAGUAUCAGGAUGCAGUUUCACAAUUAGCCUAGGCUGGUCUCAGUCCAUUUUGCUGUAUCCUUCCCCUAUGCUCCACACCUGCCAACAGCAGAAGUGGUCCUACAGUUACACACAGACAGAUCAGCCGCCCUAUUUGGCAAAACCAGCUGAUUUGGAGAGGGGAUAGUGUUUGUUUUCUGCUUAGGCAGGUCCCUUCCUUGACUAUAUAGCCCCAUGAAAGCCAGUACCAAUACACAGCAAGGGGGCAGGGGCAGGACAUAAGGUUGUCCGUAUCUUUAGCAGAAAUGCAGAUAACUUGUUAAAAUCUCUCACUAAAAAAACCUCUUAGAACAGAUUGAUAAAAUUGAAUUGUGGAAAUUGCCAGGACUUGACAGUAUCUAUUCUUGAAUUCCAGCAUAGCUGAAAUAUGAAAUUGCUGUGUUGCUUUUUGUGGUGUACCACUUGAAUUGGCUUGGGUAACAGAAGAAUUGAAGAUGGAGGCUUUGGGAUAUUUUUGGUAAACAUAAGCCAGUAUGGCUGAUUUCUGUACCAAGAAAAUAAACUAAAACUGUAACCAAAACUGGAACUAGCAUUGCAGUAAGUGGCUAGAAUAAGAAGAGUCAAUAUAGCUUUAUGAGACAGAAGUUAUACUUCAAAAAUCUAUUAGAGUCCUUUAUGAUGAGUGUAUGAAAGCAAACAAGGAGCUGAGAGGGGUCCAGUUUGGUUUUCAAAACACUUUUGACCAGGCCCCUCAGUAAAGGCUCAUAAAAAAUUAAGUUUCUGAUGAAGGAAGAGACAAAAUCUGUGGUUUAGUAAUUGUUUAAAAGCUAUGCAGCAGUGGCUAAAAAUACAACUGUUUUCACAACAAAGAUUUGUUACAAUUUCACUAUUAUUGGUCUUUUAUUACUAAGUGAUGCUGAAAAGGUGAAGAAUAUGAUACAGUGAUGAGGCUUACUGAUGACUCUAAGUUCUUUGGGAUACUAAAAUCAAAAGCCAGCUGUAAAGUAUUGCAGAAGGACACUACAAAUUGCUGAAUGAGAAAAAAGCUAGCAAAAUUAGGUUAACUUAAACAAAUCCUAACUUUUCCGUGCAGGCUAAUGUUUUCUGAACAUCACUACCAUUCAAGAAAGAGGCCAUGGAAUCAUUUUGACCAGUUUGAUUAAAAUAGUCACAGUUCAAAGGUAAACCACAAGGAAGGAAACUGAGAUUACGCAGGAAAACACUGGUAUAGCACUCUACUUUUCUCUAUCUUUUUUUUUUCUAGGUUACAAGGAGGAGCAAAAGGAAUGAUCAAAGUUGUGAAACCUUUCCAUCUGAGGAGAUAGUAAAUGAAAAGUAAACAGACCAAGAUGUUUCUAUUUGGAGAAAGGGUAUGUGAGAGGAUACUAUGGAAGAAAUCUAUAAAAUGGUGAGUGGUGUUAGGGCAGAUAGCGAACAGUCACGUACAGCUUCUCACAAUAAGAGAACUGAAUGGAAGUCUGUACAAUUUUUGUUUGGCAGAUUCAAAACACAAGGAAGUAAUUUUUCCCAUAAUGGAGAACUGAAUGUAGAAUACAUAUAGUGUUAUGGUAAUAAAAAUGGGAAUGGGUUAAAAAAGGAAUCAGAGUAAUUUUAGAGACAAGCCUAUUGAAGACUAUUAUGCAGUGGUCUAGAAAGAAAUCUCCAGCUUGGAAUUAUUGGGAGUUACAGGAUAUGCCCUGGAAAGGAUCAAUCUGUAUGUCUGAUGAGCUUUUCAUAAGCACCUACAAUCGGCCACUGUGGGGAAAAGGGAACUGAGCUAUGAAGACCUUUGGUCUGGCCAAGUACAGACUUUUUAAAUUCUACUUUCCCAAUAGAGUAAAUGACUUUAUUGAGGGUUCUAAUAUCAACCACAUAAUUUGAGGUUAGCACAGGUAAAGGAUAUUUUAGAUGUUACAUCUAACUUGAUAUUGCUUUGAUUAACAGCUAUGAAAUAUCCAAAGGGCAUUAUUUGGCAUCAUUCAGGUGUCAUUGGUCUUAUGCCAUGAAUGCAACAAAGUUAUGUAUGAAACCAGAGCUCUUUCUCCUGGUAAACACCAUGCCAUAUGUUUUUAUCAGGCACUAAUUUGGAGGAGAAUUAAUCUUAAGAAAGUUAUUACGUUGGAGUGUCCUAGUUAUGUCUAAGUAUAGAGCUGGGGGCUUCUUCAUUUAUACAAAUAUUGCUAAACAUUUAAUUUCAGAUUCUCAGUCUGGUGGAUAAUAAAAAAUGACUACCCACCAAACUUGUAGCAUUAAAUGGAGACUUUAUUUUUGGCAGCUCAUUGGAGAGGGAUUAAUAUUACUGGAAUGGCUUUGUUUCUCAGCAAUGCCUCCUUAAGAACAGCUUCCUCUGAACAUAUAUUUCUAUUUUAUUGAGAAAAGGAAAUACAGUAUUAGAAAUCAAUGUUUUUAAAGGGUAAUUUAAAGAAAUCUAAUAUUGGCAGAUGCUGAAAUAUUUUCAAUUUAGAACAAAUAGUAUUUCUGUCAUCCAGUCAGCUUUUUAAAAUUAGACCAUUACUCCUUGAUAAGUUAAUUACAAAACAGAAAGAGACUCAACCAAUCUAAAAAAGUGUUAUUAAUGAAAGUAUAGAGCACAUGUCUAAAAGCUGCUUUUACUGAUUUAUGGGUGAAAUUUUACUUUUCAUAUGAAAAACCUUGUCUCAAAUGUCUUAAAUCAUAGGGAAAAAUGCUCAAUUUUUCACCCUAUCACAACUAAUUUUUUACACUGGUACACUGAUGGACUAUUGUUUUUCUGUGCUACCAUCCAUUAUAAAAACUGACAGCAUCAUAAUUGAAAUUAUUUAAAAUAUGGUGGAUUUAGAUAAUUCUUUACUUCAGUAUAGAUAUGACUACACAAGAAAUGCUGCUACUGGAAAUCGCUAGGAUGAGUUACCAAAACGGAAUUAUUGCUCAGCAGGCCAUACUCCUCUGGGGGUAGGAAAUGAAAAAUACCAUAAAUUCCUUUGAAAUGCGGAAAGAUAGGAGGAAUGGAAGGAACAUUUUUUGCUGUGUCUGAGGCUUGGUCAUCUUUAGUCAAAUCUAUGUGCUCCAGGGCAGAUGCCCAGUAUCACAGACUGCAGAAGUUUCACGCUGCACAGACACUUAGGCUCCAUGCAGACAUGAGAAGCAUGGAGUAGGUUGCAACUAUGAGUUGAAAUGUCUCCAGGUCCACCAGCUGAAUCCUGGUCUCAUUAAAAUCCCUGGUAAGUCUUUCAGAUCAGUGGAGUCACAAUUUCACCCCAAGGAUUUUGGGUAAAAACGAGUAAAACUCACAAAAAAAAUUACUGUGGAUGAUUAGCUUCAUAAUAUCUGCCCAUGGAUGUCUCUGUGCUGCAUGGCUGCAUUUUGUGCUUCUUGCAGUAAGAACCUGCCAAGGUGCCCAGUGGAAAUCCUUCCUGGUUAGUGCUGGGGUCUGAGCCAAAGCCGUGUCCGGUAUCAGUCAAGCAAUUUAACAAUAUGAAUAGUAGCAAGCUAAAACCCAGACUAAAUGCCCUGCCUCUGAGUAGUUUACCAGUAUAGAAACUGAGCCACAGAGGCAACUGGUUUGGCAAUCUCUUUGGGAAACUGUCACUUAGCGGUGUGUGAUGACUGGUAAACCCACUUCAACUAAAAUCCUAUUUAGCCUCAAACGACAGGAAUAAAAUAUAAUGGAAGACGAAAAGGUUUUAAACCGUACUAAAAGUAUCAACAUACAUCUUUCUUACAACAAAUGUUGCUGUCCUAAAGUGGACAGGCAGAUUUAGCCUUUCCAGAUACUGUACAAUUCCAUAGAAUUUCACAGAACUGGUCAGUCAACCACAGAAAAAGCCUGGCCAACUGCAGAAAAAUGGCAGAGAUAACAAAUCUGGUUAUGGGAGAUGUUGUUUCUAUGAAACUGUAGAAUAUCUGAAAAGGCUAAAUCUACUUGUCCACUUUUUGGGGUAAGAAAAUAUAUAUUACAUUAUAAAUAUAUUGAACAGUACUGGCCCUAGAAUUGAAACUGGAGGAGCACUACUGGUGAUUAAGUUGCCAGCCAGGUAUAGCCCCAUUAACUGCAACCCUUAAACUGUUGGACACCAGGUAAAAUCAUAAGAAAUUUAAAGGAAAAAUGUUUGCAGGAGAUUUCUAUACUUCAAAUACAGAAAAAAAAAAGCAUGGGAUAGAGCAACCCCCUCCAGCUUUCAGUAUAUACUGUCCAGUGGUAAAUCUAAGAACCUAGAACUUUUGAAAAACAGGUAAUUUUUUAAUUACAUGUGAAUUCUCCUUUAUACAAGGCCAUAUUACUCCUCACAUCAAUACUAUCUCAGAGAUAACAACCGCCUAUAAAUUGCAAUAUCGCUCACCUUCCUAAAUGUGGAGGAAAAUUUAGGCAGACACUAGGCUUUGGCUGUACGCCUCCACCCCCUCCUUUUCAUGAACAGCAAUACAGGUACCACUGAAAAGUUUGUAACUUUAUACUGUUACAUGAGAAUAACCCAGGGACACAAUUAUCUCCAUUAUCAGAAAGUAUACAAGUGCAGUGUCCAGCAUCAUCUCCAGAUGCUUAGCCACAUCUCAGGGGACACUGUAAUAGGAGAGCUAAGUUUGACCAGUCUGACCAUUUCUUUAGAAGUUGUAUAGCAGGUGAUAUCUUUUAGUAUGUAUACCUGCAAUUAUGAAGGUAAUUAAGUGGCACAUUCCAGGGAAGCCCAAGGAGCACCUUAAAUUAAAUCCCUGAGCCUCACAAUGUUAUUGUAAUUAGCUGUCUGUCUUAGUAGGGUUUUUUUGUUUAUUGCAUCUACCCUGCGUGCUAGGGAUGAAAAAACAUAAUUUGACACAAAAUAUUUUAAAUGGUUUAUUACUGAGAUGAAGGCUUAUUUUCAUUUUUCCCAGACCACAUGUUCUUUCUUUCCUUUGCUUUUAAUUACAAAUAUUCACAGCAGUGAGAAUGUUUAAAACUUGAGAAGAUAUUUUAUUGUUUAUUGCUUGCAAAAGAAAGUAAUGAUGUUUGCCCCUUCUAUUUAGAGGGAAAACCUGUCUGGUGAUGUUUGUUUUAUCUUCACCUUACAAAGUAACAUAGUUUAAAUACCCUUAAGGACAGGCAUGUUAGCUCUGCAGUUUUGAUCUGGGUGUUUUCCGAACACCACUAAUUACCACUGUGGAACAGUUUGUAUUUUGAUAUAAAUGAACUCCCUUUCUUUAAGUGUGAACUUCUAAUUUCUACAGUGGAAAAAAGGAAGUCAGAAGUUCUAAAUGAAAAAUAAAUAUAAGCUGCAUUGAAAAUCUGACUAAUUAUUUAUUAGUUCACAUUAACAUGCAUUAGGGAAGUUACUGGGAGCAUGGCAGCAGCAUUUUGAGCCCAGGUUCCAGUUCUGUCCCUUGCCUUGUGGCUUUUCAGCAGCAGUUUCUUGCUUCAUGGUGGAGCAAUGUGCAAGGUCAAGUGGGACUGCAUUUGACUCUGUAUUUAUCAUAGUUAUUAAUGUAGCAGCUCAAAAGGUCAAGUGACUUGCAUGAAAUUCUCAGUUUUUAUUUGAGGAAAAAUGUGUCUCUGGCUCUGUGCUUCUGGAGAAAAGAUGAAAAUGUAAAUGUACAAAGGCUUAAGAAGUGAAAGGAUACUUAAAAGUCAUUAAAAGACACAAUAAACAUGAAGAAUCUUUGAUCUGAUGUUAUGAUCUGGGGGAUGAAUUCAUGAUUUUUGAAUCAGGGAUGGGAAAGAUGAGGAUGGACAAUAGAAAAAGGGGUGGAGCAAUCUUCCAAAAUACAGAUUAUUUAAACAGCUGUUGUCACAUGUUUAAAACUUGUGAAGAUAUUUUAUUGUCUGUUGCUUGCAAAAUAAAAUUAUGAAGAAUCCAA